GGCGGAAGUAGCCGUCAGCCUCCGGUCGGUCGGUCGGUCGGCGGAGCGGGAGCGCCGUUGCUGACCCGCCUUCCCUCCGCAGACAUCUUCCCAUGGUCAGGAUGACCCAUAAGAGCUGCCUGGAGGGCCAGGUUUACUCCGUUCCUCUCAUCCAGCCAGACCUUCGGAGAGAGGAGGCUGUUCAGCAGAUAGCAGAUGCACUACUGUACAUAGAGAGCAUAUCUACUGACAUAUUCAGCAGAGUGUCUGCGAGUGUGGAGAGGAACCGCAAGCAACUGCAGAGUGUCACUGACCGAAUCCGUCUAGCCCAGGCCCGCGUCAACAAGAUUAAAGGCAGUAAAAAGGCCACCAAGGUAUUCUCCAGUGCCAAGUAUCCAGCCCCAGACAGACUGAAAGACUACUCUUCUAUCUUCAGCGGGGCUGCAGACCCCUCCUCAAAAACUCGCCCCAAGUACAAAAUACAGAACAAGCUACGGCCCCUUGAUGACAAGGCCUUGCAGGAGAAGCUGCUGUAUUUCCCGGUGUGUGUGAGCCGUGAGAAGCGAUCCGAGGAUGAGACGGAGGAGGGGCUGGGCAGUCUGCCCCGGAACAUCUCCUCUGUCAGCUCCCUACUGCUCUUUAACACUACAGAGAACUUAUAUAAAAAGUACGUGUUCCUGGACCCCCUGGCGGGGGCGGUGACAAAGACGCACACCACUCUGGAGACAGAGAAGGAGGCGAAACUCUUUGACCCUCCACUGUCUAUUACCAGGAGGGAGCAGUUGGAGCGACAGACGGCGGAGAGCUAUUUCUACGUGCCAGACCUCGGCCAGGUGCCAGAGAUAGAUGUUCCGUCCUACCUGCCCGACUUGCCGGGGAUCGCUGACGACCUGUCCUAUAGUGCCGACUUGGGGCCUGGGUUUGCCCCGUCAGGAUCUUCUCACAACAUCCCCGAGCUUCCCUCCUUUUCUGGAGACUUGGAGGAGAGCAGUGCGCCUGGAUCUCAGUUCCAGCCCGAAGCUUCGCCUCUUCCGCCACCUCCCCCUCCCCCGCCCCCUCCUCCUCCUCCCCCUCCUGAGCCCGCCUCGACCCCCAGUGCUCCCCCUGGAGCUCCCCUUCCCCCACCUCCCCCGCCGCCACCUCCCACAGCAGACGGCGCCGCUGAAAUCGGUCGAGCGCCGAGCUCAGGCCCGGUGUCCGGUGCUCCCACGGAGGUGGUUCAGCCCUCCGACGGCCGCGCCAGUCUUUUGGAGUCGAUUCGCAAUGCCGGGGGCAUCGGUAAAGCAAAGCUGCGUAACGUCAAAGAGCGCAAGAUGGAGAAGAGGAAGCAGAAGGAGCAGGAACAAGUGGUGGUUGCAGCAGCCAGCGGCGGAGACUUCAUGUCCGAUCUCUUCAAUAAGCUGGCCAUGCGCAGGAAAGGUAUCUCUGGUAAGGGUCCAGCAGGCGGGGACUCAGUUGAGGCACCAGGUAGCACCAGCGGUGCGUUUGCACGGAUGUCCGACGUGAUCCCUCCCCUCCCAGCACCGCAGUCCACCACAGAGGAUGAAGAUGACUGGGAAGCAUAACAUGAUGGGAGGCCAACCAGUCGCAACAAAGUUUUAGCGCCAAGAACACUUAAUCACCCAAAAGACAGAAUUACAACAGCAUAUGAUCUUGAGGUAAAUCCGUUUGUUUCCUCAGCUCACUCAAAAUGAGUCAUAACCCAUAUUCUGCUGAAAGUCCAGAGUUCAUCCGUCAGUGUUAACCGACUCCGUGUCAGUGUUAAAAUGGGCAGUAGCCGGCCGGGUGAUGCCUUAAGAUGGUAAUAUAAAGUGAAGUGUUGAGUGAACAUCUGCAAGCUUUGUGUAGAUCAGUCACUUGGCCUGAAAACAGACCGAACAAGACUGCUGUGAGAAUGUAGUCAGAGCCGGUUCAUUGUGAUACAAAUUUAUCAUUUUUGCAUAACAAGCGAAUAACAUUCUUGUAUAUUUAAAUAACAAUCAAACAAAACCAUUGCCAAGAGGAAGAAAAAAAAACUUGAUAAACUGCACUCUGUACAAUAAAUGAGUUUUAAAUAAAUCUUUGCAAUGUUUUGUAUUUAACUAACACUUUUUUUAACCUGUUUAAGGGUUAUUAUUAGUUCAUCUGCGUUUCGUUUCAACUAGGAAAAAAAAAAAAAACAUCUCGGCAGGUUGGUUUCCUUCUACCAAACAAAAAUUGAUGUGACUUAAACUGAUAUGCCUGGUUUGGCAUUUUGCAAAUCCCACAGC